AUGUCCGGGCUGCUCUAUAUCGAGGAGCAAUGCAUCGUAUGCACUGAAGACUUCGGCAUUAACCGCAAGGCCAACAGCAUCGCGUGCGGUCACGUUUACUGUCGCGAAUGCCUCAAUAAUAUCGACCCUCCCGUUUGUCCCGUAUGUCGUGAAGAAUUUGAUGAUGAGGGCAUCGAGUGCAUUGGCCCAUGGGAGGAGGAAUCAAAUCCAGCCGCGGAGCCCGCGCGCGUCGCCGAUCACAACGACGACUGGGAAUGGGACCCAGACGUGCUUGAUCAUCUUCAUGAAGAGGGGCGCAUAUGGGAGCCCUCCGACGCCGACCGCGAAGACGACUUGCAAGCCCGCGAUGAGCUCGGUCUACCUCGAGAUCAGGACGAAGAGCGAUAUGAUCGUGCGCGCUCUGCACUGUACGGUGACGUCGGGCGGUUUGUCGAGGACGAAAAUGGUAGGACCGUCUGGGAACGUGGACCACCUGAAAGGGAUGAUAGUAAACCGGAUUGGGCGUUAUUGGACAGCGAGUACGCGGAGGACCGGGCAGCGUGGGAGGCGUUGGGCUUGCGGGCGUAG